AUGUUCCGAGCAGACGCAUGCUUCCAAGCGUACACUAUCGUCGGGCGCGUCGUGUUUCCGAGCGGGCCACAUGACGCAUGCUGCCAUUGCGUGCUUGCGGGCCAGCUUCGCCGCCAACAGCUUCGCCUUGGGGGCUCAGGGCCAAAUAUUGACAUUGAUAGCGUAAACGGCGCUGCGCCAGAAGAACAAAUAACAGGCACCGUGCGGGUCGUCAAGACGAAUGCGCCGGCGCAGGCCCCCAAGGCCGACGUCUCGCCGUUGGCCAUGCAGGCCGAAGUGUCGCACUCCGUAAGGGCCGCCCUGAAGGCUGAGAGCGGGCACAUCAGCACAUCAGCGUACUGCGUACCUGACGCCAUGUUUGGCGAGCACACAUGCGACACGGUACCAGAGAGCGAAGCGUCGACGUGUUCCACCGGCUCGGCAGCCAAAAUCGCGCAGCGGGUGCAGUCUCUGGCGGCAGCGGCGCGCGAUCACAGAUCAGCCCAGCAAUACAAGGACAAGGAUGGGUUGACGGGCGGAACAAGGUGGUCGCCUCGAGGCGGGCCAUUCCGUGGGUCCGCGAUGGCACCAGCGAGCAGCCCGCAGUCUGACCAGCUGACCGGAGGGGGAAACGAGGCAGGUUACCGCCUUCUGUCAGCUGCUCGACACGUCGUUUUCCGACUGCAGCGGCGCAUCAGCGGAACGCGUACUGGCGUUGCCUUUUUUCUCGAGGACGGAGCUGCUGCGCCGUUUGUGGGCGGAGCUUGUUCGGUCCUCGCCGGCGCCGCGGUCGUGUCUGCUACCGCCGUUGCUUCUCUCCAGGGUAGAGAGAGACCAGCAGAACACGUCGAACUGCAAGCCAAUGCGGCCGGAACCUCGCUAGCAUGGCACGCCCGGCAUGCAUCACUUACGGAACGCAGGGAAGGGCCGGUGCAGAGCCCAGUCGCGGCGGCAUGGCAGGAAAGAAGAACGCACGCCGUUUUCUUCUUCUCGGAGUCCGUACGUCUUGAGCGGUGGGCAAUGUCUCUCUCGGGCAAGGCAGGCUGUGCACUGCGGGAGGGCGCCUGCUCCUUAUGGGAACACGUUGUGGGUAAGGUUCCACUUUCGGCUGCGACCAUCGGCCCCCAGGCGUAG